GUAAAAUAUCAAUAAAAAUUUAACUGCGCUUACCAAUCCUUCAGUUUAAUUUUACUUAAAAUAAUUUUAUUAUAAUGAAAGCGUACGUCUUCUUCAUUUUUAUGGUUAUACACACGAUUGCAGCAGAAAAAGCUCUCUCGAAGCUCCGUCGAAAGUUGAUCGUACCGAAAAUCGAUGACAAGUGCAGGAAAAUAAAGUGCGCGAGUGUGGACGAGCCGGAAUGUGUCAGAAUGAAACGAAACGAUCUCGGUUUCGACGUUCAUAUUAUAGUUGUGAAUAAAUGCGAACUUUAUUAUAUGCAAUGCCAUGACAACGUGGAAGCUAAAAUCGUCCCUAUGAAGUUUUGUAGCCACAGACACGGGCAAACAAGCAAGAAAAUUUUGAAAGAUAAAUCACAUUUACGCGUGAAAAGGAAAGCCAAUGAUGAAGAUGAAAAAGCCAACCUAAAAGCCAUGGAAAUGGUGAAAAUGAAACACAAGAAAGCCCCAACUAAAACGGAAAUAAUGUCAAAAAAGUCGAUGAGUGGGAAGAAAAAGAAACCUUUAAAAAUUACUAAAAAUACGAAUACAAAAAAGAACUCACAUUUAAAUCUUCUGGGCGCCGCGUAUUCAUCAGCUGAUAUGGAACGUGAUCAACAAAGGAAGGACAUAAAUGACGGACAGGCAGGCCAUGAAAUAGACUCAGAUGACUGGGUUACUCCUCCAGACGUGAAAAAUAUAGAACACAUUCAACUCGAUUUGAAAUCGACUAAUCAAAUACGGAAAACUGAAAAAUUGGAUCUUCCCGAUUUCCCGAUGUUAUCUCAUGAAUCUAAUUUAGGAGACAUGGUAAAAGACGCUAAUCUAAAAGAGUACACAGCUGAUUGUCCUACAGUCUGUCCGACACGAGAUGUCCUGGUUUGUGCUCGAUGUCAACACGGCAUUUUCAAGACAUUCAUAAGUGUCUGUCAUAUGCGAAUGUUCGCUUGUCGUCAUAAAGAUGAAAUUUUACAAUUGGUAUCGCGUUCUCCCUGUAUACUGUCAGCUCCAUACUUAUCUGAAGAUGGAAUGAUACCUCGUGGCAGAGUGGCCGAAGCAGGUGAUGACGACAUUAUCCUGAGAUAUAUUAUCUGCAGAGAUAAUGAGAACAUGGGUACAGAUGGGAAAUCAGGGGACCCAAGAUGCUCGUUCCCAUUGGUUAUCACAACUAGUAAAUAUUUUUACGAUUUCAGAAAUGUUCCACAUCCCUUAGAUCCACAUUUGGUAACCACUAAAUCAGAUCUAAAAGAAGCUGUGAAGACCAAAACUGAUUAAUUUUUGUCUAAAAUCUUAAUCAAUGUUUAUUUAUUUAUAAAAUAGGAAUAGAACGGUACAAAAAACCAAUUAAACUAUUCAAUAAAUAUAAAAUUGAAAGAAAUGUAUUCAUAUUUAAACACUCAAUCAUUAUUCGAUACUGUGGUUCAUUCAUCUCUUUCGCAAAACUUGAAGCAUUCCGAUAAAAAUAUCGUCUUUCAGUCGAAAACACAUCACAUCUCUGUCCUUGAAUCCAGGAAUCGGUUUAUAUUUUAAAUGUUAAUCACAUAUUUGUUCCAUACAUGUCAAAUAUCUAAAUGGUCGAGAGAGCAGUUGGUAUAAAAAAAGAAAAUUGCUGUAUUCAGUGAAUUCGUUGCAUCAUUUUUAUUUUUUGAAUCUUUCAUCCUUAAUAUAUCUCGACUAAAUGUAUUAAAUACGGCCCUGGCUUGAUCGACUGGACUUUAAAAUUUUAAAAAACAUUUGUAAAUUUUUAUACGUAGAUACACUAGCUAUGUUUAGUUUCGGUAGGUUCCUGUUUCUGAUUGACGAGAGGAAACGCCCGGGUGCCAUCACUGCGAGGGCCGUCCGGAGGACA